AAUAUCGCGUCGGCCGGAUUGUAACCACUGUGGCUCCGUAUUUCUUUUUAAUCAAAAACGUGCCAUUGCGUAAAAAUGCAGGCCGAAGGGUAAAACCACUAACUAGGCCUAAUAUUUGCUCCCAGACCUUAGAUAAGAAUUUCUAAUAUACACACGACACCCCAGCAAGAGGAAAACCAAGUAAAUAACGUCGAUAAGCGUAUUGUCCGUGUCACUCGAGCCCCCAAAACACAAUAGGCAGUUUUGAAAUGAAUCGCUCCAAGUCUGUCAAGUUGACGCUCAAUUGUAUGAGCCCUUUUUUGCUCGUUGUGCUCCUCCUGUUUGCCCCAUCUCAGGAAUUCAACUUAAAAACCAGGCAAACCUGUUGUGGAAUAGGUACAAAUUUUUCAUCUAAAGUAAAAACCACCGGAAGCAAUUGUAAAGACUAUCAGCCUCCAAUCCCAGGUAUAUCUACCCCUGAUGAAAGCUACUGUUUGAGCACCAUAGACUUAUGUUGUAGAAAACAGUUAAGAGUAAUAGAGUGUGAGUCUGGACAAGAAGAUGCAAAAUUAGGGACCUGUACUAGAGAAGAUGGCGAAAAAAAGGAUUGUUGCGAGGCCUGCCAAAUGGGCAUAGAGACAAAAAAAUCUGGAGACCCUUGCACGGAUACACUUGGAUUUGGAUCACCAUACGCGGAAGCCUACAUCAGCUGUUGUGAGAACCCAUUACCGAAAAAAACAAGCAUUUUACCAACAAGUACAACUGUUAAACCAACGAGAAAAGCUGUUAGUUUGAGCACAGAAAACGUACGAGCUUAUCCAGGACUAUCUGAAGAACACGUGUGCGAAACGCAAGAAUUUUGCGCCCAAUUGUGCGAGCCCAGCGGAACUUCAUUCAAAUGCGGAUGUUUCCCUGGAUACCAACUUAUGAAAGAUGGAGUGUCGUGCAAACCAAUCAAGCAUGCUACGGGAAGCAGAUGUGAACAGCAUAAUCCUUGUGAUCAUGAUUGUACAGAUACAGGAACAUCAAUCGUUUGUUCAUGUAGAGAUGGAUAUACUUUAGGAAUCGACAACAGGACUUGCAAUGAUAUUGAUGAAUGCGCCCUGGGAACAUUCAGCUGUGAGCCAGGAGAAGAAUGUGAAAACGACGAAGGAACUUAUUUUUGUUUUGUUACUGAACUGGAAUCGGAAGAAGACUCCACAAAUACCAAGUGUCCUGUUGGUCACAAAUUUAAUGCCGAAAAAUCAGUAUGUGAUGACGUGAACGAGUGCGAAUUCGACUUAAUUUGUGCACCACCAAAAACUUGCAAAAAUACGAUUGGUUCUUUUAUCUGCGAAGGACCGGAUUGUCCACCAGGAUUCAAAUACAAAGCAUCAAUAGAAACUUGCUCAGAUAUCGAUGAAUGUUUGACUGACGAAAACGAUUGUGACAAGGUUUCAGAGAUUUGUGUCAACACGAAAGGAAAUUACACUUGUGUGGAUAAAGCUUCGCGAACAGCAUGUCCACCUGGAUUCAAAAAAAAUAAUCUAUCAUUCGAUUGUGAAGAUAUAAACGAGUGCUAUGAUGAUAUAAAAGUGUGCCUGGAUAACGAAGAAUGCAUCAACGAAGAGGGUGGUUAUAAAUGUGUGAAAAUGGAACAGGGAUCAUUAAAUAACAAAGCAUACAGUCCAUUUUCGAAAAAGGUUCCUUGCCCUACCGGUUUCAAAUACAAUGAAACUAAAAGCACGUGUGAUGAUAUAAACGAAUGUCAACUCAGACUAGACAAUUGUUCUGCUAUGCAUCGUUGUGACAACACAAUGGGAUCAUUUUAUUGUACAAGGACAGUGUCCUGUGGAACUGGAUACACUUUGAAUUCUCACAAUGACUUAUGCGAAGAUGAUGACGAGUGUGCGCUAGGGACGCACAAUUGUAACGAUUUAGGCCCAAACUAUCGAUGCAAGAAUCAAAUGGGCACGUACAAAUGCGACCUCAUCAGACCUAUAUAUCGUCCACCUCCUGUACAAACUACCCCGUCUGUAGCAACGACUAAAUCAACCACACAAUCGUCCACACAUAGAACUUCUAUUAAGUCAUCUCCCCAAUCUUUUAACUAUAAUAGAGGAUAUAUAAACCCCAACCCUUAUAACCGAUAUAAUCCAACAGAUCAGUCGACUCCCCCACCUACAACUACACCAUACACAACGCCAUACCAAGGGCCCUACGCAAAUCAGUUCUGGCAUAUGUUCAGACCAAAUUUUGCACCACAAACUACCACAUCCACUAGCUCCGCUCCUACUUUCCACAGCAGCUACUUUCCUUACCAAUAUCCAUUUUCUUUAAGACCCUAUAGACCGAUAGAGACAACAGAGAGAAGAGUAUCAGAGCCUCCUAUAAUUGAGGUACAGAAAAAGUGUCUUCCUGGAUACAAAAUGAAUGAUAAACGAGAUUGUGAAGAUAUAAAUGAAUGCGAGAGCAACCCCUGUCCCGCCGGGUUAAAAUGCUUGAAUUUCAACGGUAGGUAUGAAUGUAGCUCGCCCUUACAAUGCAGAAUCGGAUACGAGCCUAACGAAUCAGCAGACGACUGUGUGGAUGUGGAUGAAUGCGCUAGAAACACACAUAAAUGCAAUCGAAGUCAGAUAUGUAAAAACGGUGAGGGCUAUUACACAUGUGAGUGCCCUCCAGGACACCAUUUGAGCACUCAGUCACAAAUGUGUGAAGACAUUGAUGAGUGCAAAUACUACAGACCCUGCGGAUCGAAUUCUGACUGUGUGAAUACGGUAGGAUCGUACAAGUGCACGUGCAAAGGCGGAUUUUAUCAGAAUCAGAGUUCAUGUGAAGACAUUAACGAAUGUGAACAAACGCCGUCUUUAUGUGAACAGAACUGCGUUAACUUGUGGGGGUCGUACCGAUGUGCCUGUAAACUUGGAUACUCUUUAAGAAACGAUACACGAACUUGCGAAGAUAUUGACGAGUGCGAAAAGUUUAGAGACAGAAAAUUGUGCGUAGGCACAUGCAAGAAUAUCCCAGGCAGUUAUACCUGCGAAUGUCCAAAGGGGUAUAAACUAGGAUCAGAUAAAAGGGUUUGCACGGAUAUUGACGAAUGCCAGCAAAACGUUUGUGGACAUCAAGAAGACAUCUGUGUCAACACCAGAGGAGGCUACAAAUGUUAUCCAAUCAAUUGCAAGCCAUAUUAUUCAAAAGAUCCCAAUAACGCAUCGCGAUGUAAAAGAGUAACUUGCGAUCCAAGAGACAACCAAUGUCUGCUCAUGCCCGAACAGUAUUCAUACCAAUUCAUGACUUUGGUAUCAAACCUACCCCUGCCCGAAGAUGGUAUAUCCCUCAUCAAAAUUAAAGGACCGAAUUGGACUGCAGCUCGGGCCGAGUUUACGUUAAAAUUGUUGGAAGUGAACAGUCCACCGGGACUAGCAAAAGUCGACGACAGUUAUAUCCAGAAAAUUCAGCGCGAAGGGAAUGUCAUGGAACUGAACCUCAUCAAACGUAUACAGGGUCCUCAAGAGAUCAAGGUACAAGUUGAAAUGAAGCUGUAUCAAAAUAGGGGUGGAAACCUCAUUGGCAGCAUAGUUGUCUAUAUAAUAAUUAUUGUAUCAGAUUACACAUUUUGAAAAAUAUAUAUAAUAAUUUUAAGUUAUUUUAUAAUUAUCUUUUUAUCGAUCUUUUAAUUUUUAUUAGAAUAUUAGUUGUAUUUUUUUUUAUUUAAUCUAGAACUAUUUUUCGAUAUUAAAAUGUUCUUGUUUAAACGAUAACUGUAUUUAAUGGCAAAAAAUAAUGUGUUUGCUGGAGAGAAAGUUAUUUGCUUUAUAAUGUAAAUAGGAGAAAUAUAGUAGUACAACUAAGAAUAUGGAUAACCUAGCUCUAGUAUAGUUUACUAAUAUUUUUUGUUAGUAUUUUUUUAAUAAUCCAAAUAAAAAUAAUUACUGAA